UGUUGGAGUCGUGCCUGGCCGUGCAGUCAUGAGUGAACAGGGAGUAAAGGAGAGGACUGAGGACGCACCCAAGGGGAUAUAGCAGCUAACGACCCCUGAACGCACAGCCGCUAACCUGCGGCCUGCUAGCUAUCUAAAGCACAUUGGACUGCUGGCUUAAGAGGCCCUUCGGACAUAUUUCUUCGGCCACUAUACAUAUUUUGCCAAUUGGCCUGGUUUACCACAAGGAGCACCUGCUGAUCCGUCCGCUGAUGUAACUGCACGAGGCGGCCACAACAGACUUUCCUCCAUCGCGUCAUCCCUCUAAGGCCUUUCUGUUAGCCUGCUAGCCCUGUGCCUCUAGCUGCCUGAAGCCACGUACUGGACUUGUAUGAUCAACCGGCUACGCAUGCCUUUCCCUAACAUCACCAUGCUGUGUCGAUUGCUGUUCUGAAGUGGGAGGGGAUGCUGCCAGUGGAGCUCCGCUCGUUUGCUGUGGAUCCUCAGAUCACAUCACUAGAGGUGCUACAGCACAUCCUCAUCCGAGCCUUUGAGUUAAAUGGCAAACGCAACUUUGGGAUAAGUUACCUGUCCCAGGACCGUGGAGGUGUGGAAGUGUAUCUCUCUCUCCUUUCUGACUGGGAUUUAGAAGCUGCUUUUGUCAGUGCAGCUAAACCUUAUCUACAGCUCAAGAUGGACAUUAAUCUCUCCGAAGACAGUCCCGUUAUGGAAGAUUGGGACAUAAUAAGCCCCAAAGAUGUGAUUGGUUCUGACCAGCUUCCUGGGGAUAGGAGGUCUUUGGCUGCUGCCGCCCUUCCCUUCACACAGUCCCUGCUCUCACAGAUGAUGGGUCGAACGCUGUCUAGAGUACAGCAGGCCUUGAGCUGGUCGUAUGGGGAGGAGGUGAAGCCUUUCAAGCCCCCUCUGAGCGAUGCCGAGUUCCACAGUUACCUCAACGGCCAGGGCCAGCUGUCCCGGCCAGAGGAACUGAGGCUACGUAUCUAUCAUGGUGGGGUGGAGCCCUCUCUACGCAAGGUUGUCUGGCGAUACCUCCUGAACGUGUACCCCGAUGGGCUGACCGGUCAGGAGAGAAUGGACUACAUGAAGGGCAAGACUAGGGAGUAUGACCAACUGAAGGGGGAGUGGUCAGCGAGGGCCAGUCCAGAGGACCUGGAGUUCAUCAGGGGCAACGUACUGAAGGACGUCCUGAGGACCGACCGGGCCCAUCCCUAUUACGCCGGCUCCGAGGACAGCCCCCACCUCACUGCACUCACCGACCUGCUCACCACCUUUGCCAUUACACAUCCACAGGUGUCAUACUGCCAAGGCAUGAGUGAUAUUGCUUCUCCGAUACUUGCCGUCAUGGACAAUGAGGCACAUGCAUUCAUCUGUUUCUGUGGCAUCAUGAAACGCCUAGAGGGCAACUUCCGUCCGGAUGGCCAUUUCAUGUCCGUCAAGUUCCAGCAUCUGAAGCUGCUACUGCAGUACUCAGACCCCGAGUUCUACUGUUAUUUGGUGUCCCGUGGAGCUGAUGACCUCUUCUUCUGUUACCGCUGGCUGCUCUUGGAACUCAAACGGGAGUUUGCCUUCGACGAUGCCCUGAGGAUGCUGGAGGUCACCUGGAGCUCCCUGCCCCCUGACCCUCCCGAAACAGAAGUGGAGCUUCUUGGGCCGCCGCUAGAAACAGACCAAACCAUAGUGACAUGUGAGAGUGGUGUUGAAAAGAGGCCCGCCAUUACAUGGGAUGAUGGAAAUGAAGGGGAGCUGAAAGAGAAGCAGCGGAGACGACACAUGUUGAGGCCCUCAAGAGAGGAGGCAGAUGGGGGGAGAAAGAUCAAAAUGGAGGAUAGAGAGAGGGAGGACAGAGGAGCCAGAAGAGAGGGUGAGGGGAACUUUGACAUGCCUGACGUGGGAAAGGAGAAGGCUCACAACAACGUGCCUGUUCCUUCCUUCGAGAAGCAGACCAGCUUUGGAGAGUUCAAAUACUACAGUGCACGGAACAAAGACGGCUUUGAUUUCGAGCAGACAGACCCACCAGUGGGUCCUGUUGAGAUGGAAGCCGCCUCACACCCAUGGGAGAGGGCGCCUCUUAUAAAGGACAUUAACAAGUCUUCCAGCCCAAAUACAGAGGUGAGGAGCUCCCCAAAUGGACAAAUAGCCUCUCCGGUCUCCUCGUUUCCUCCUGGUCUGCCAAACUGGAAAAACGUUUCCUCUCUGUCUCCAGGCUCCAAUCCCUCCCCCUCGAGUUGGAGAGGUGCCUCCCCGGACACCCCGUCACCAAAGUUCACCUCUCCCAUUUUAUCCAACGGAAGGAUUUCGGUGCCGAAUGGAACCGGAGCCAACUCACCCGCUACCCCCACAGGGAGGUCCUUAGUUUCCUCUCCGCUGUUGUCUCGAGCGUUGCUCUCCUCGCCAAUUUUGUCCUUUGGAAGAGCUCUUCCUUCGCUGCCCGUUGGACCGGUGAACAAGUCCUUUUCUAGUAACCUUCAAUCUCCUUGCAGCAGAGCUUUCAGCACUGCGCCUCACACUCCAAAUUCAACCAAACCAGAGAAUACCACCAUCAAACCUUGUUCCCUGCCACCUCCUCAAGAGUUUGGCAAAGGAAAUCCUUUCAUGUUGUUCCUGUGCCUGUCGAUCCUGCUGGAGCAUCGGGACCACAUUAUAAAGAACGGCUUUGAUUACAACGAGCUGGCUAUGCACUUUGACCGCCUUGUUCGGCGACACAAUCUGGGCAGGGUGCUGCAGCGCGCCAAGGCCUUGUUUGCAGACUACCUGCAGAGUGAGGUAUGGGACUCAGAGGAAGGGGAUGAGGUCAGCUCGGAUUCGCCCACCACAGUCACUGCUGCUCUGUAUUCCCCGCCCCCCUCUGCCACCAGGCUUCUUUUUACCCCGUUGUCAUCCCCACAACCAUCCUCCCCAAACUCCACCUAUAACCUGGCUGACACCAUACCUUCCCCAUCACCUGUCUCCCUCUCUCCAUCCUCUUGACUUCUGUCACUAUAUCCUCAACACACUUGCAUUACACAGAUUUCAAAUGUUGUGUAUUUUUUUUAUUUCACCUUUUAUUUAACCAGGUAGGCCAGUUGAGAACAAGUUCUCAUUUACACCUGCAACCUGGCCAAGAUCAAGGAAAGCAGUGUGACACAAACAAGAACACAG